AUAAUACCGAGAUAAUAGAUGAAUGGGAAGCUUAUUUAUCUUUUCCUCUGAGCUGACCUUCCUCACUUUGAUCAGCGGGUGGCGCCAAGAUAUCACGCUACAGAGUCUGUGCGGCCAACCCACGUGUAGCCAUUUCCUGUAAGGGGGGUGGUCUGAUCAACACACUAAAAUAUCUGUUUAGAAGUGUUCUUAUGCUAUGGAUGAGCUGCCUUCGGACCUGAGAGCAUUUCUUCUUAACCACCCUUUUCUUCAGCUUACAGAUGGCAAAAAGAUCAAAUGCACACUGAAUGGCCACGAGUUUCCAUGCAACCUGACAGAGCUGCAGAAGUUCACUCAAGGGAAGAAAUAUGAGAAACUGAGUGCUACAGCAGAGUUUAACUACAGCCAGUAUGAACCACACAUUGUGCCAAGCACCAAACAGCCCAAUCAGCUCUUCUGCAAGCUGACGCUCAGACAUCUCAACCGGCAGCCGCACCAUGUUCUGAGACAUGUCAACGGGAAACGCUUCAAGAAGGCCCUCUCCAAAUAUGAAGAGUGUGUGCAGCAAGGGAUUGAAUUUGUUCCUGCCAGACUCACACAGAAAAGACCCAAAGACACUGGAGAGGAGAAGGUCAGUCGGGGGAGGGCCUCAAAACACGGGAACAGCAUGUGGGAACCCUCAUCCAGUGACGAGGAUCACAGCGACUCGGAAGACAGCAUGAGUGACCUAUAUCCUCCGUCUAUGUUCACCUUAAAAAACCCGGCAGAAGAAAGUGUGGAGGGUGAGGGGGACGAGGAGGAAGAUGACUUCCAAACAGAUGAAGACGAGGAAAUGGAGGUGGACAAGCAGGUGGUGCAGAAACGCAAAAAGGUCCAGGGCGGUGGUUUUCAGAAGAAAUUCAGAAAUAAUCACUGGAAAUCAGGGCGAAAGAAACAUGGAAAAUUGCGAAGUGGAAAAUAAAAUAUAAAACCAUGUCUGUAUAGUAUUUUUAUACCUAGUGUUUUGUCAGGGAUCAGGACUCACAGCACUGGGUAUAAUAUUCAUGUGUCUGAGCCAGCCUGACUUUUGUAUAAGUGAGCAUUGCAUUACUAGAUACUAAAAAUACUGUGUUAGUGGCAGUUAACACAUGUUUUGGACUGGAUAGGUUGUGUUUUCUGUUUCACGAGCAAGAGCAAAGACAUAAAAUACAACUCUGUUUGGACU